ACUUGUAUUUUAAUUUAUAGAUAACAUUUCAGUUUAUUUGGUUUGGAGAAUUAGAAGCUAUUAACAAUAUAUUUUUAAAAACAAUUUAUGAAAGUUUUACUUGCGCAGAAAGCAGCGCGAAGAAUCAUCAGUGUUUCUAGCCGUCAUCUGUGUUGUAUUGGUUUUAUUUUCACUAGGUUAUUCCAGUCACUCAUCAUGUUCUCGUUUCAUAGGCCUAAGGUUUACAGGUCAUCCACAGGCUGUUGCAUAUGCAAAGCAAAGUCUAGCAGUUCCCGUUUUACGGAUAGUAAGAAAUAUGAGGACGAUUUUUUGGAAUGUUUCAAACUAUGCACACCUAGACAGGGCGAAAUAUGCAACGCUUGCGUGUUACUUGUAAAAAGAUGGAAAAAACUACCUGCUGGUUCAGAUAGAAAUUGGCAACAUGUGGUGGACGCGCGCGCAGGUCCCGGCAUGAAGUCGAUGACGAAAUUCAAGAGCAAGAACAAGAAAACCGGCGCCGAGACGAUCGAGAAAAUCAAAAAGAAGAAGCGCUUCGAGCGCGAAUACAGCCCGGCCAUGUCGGACAAGAGCGACGAAGAUAUGGACAAUGUGGAGGACUUCCUGACCGAGGACGUACCCAGCGGCCCGUCGAGCUGCACCGGCAGCCCGGGCGGCAGCGAUUGCGAGCCGGAGGCGGCGGUCGGCGAGAAGAGCCGCCGCCACAAGGGCCUGGCCAAACGCUUCGACAACAAUCGCAUCACUGACUACGUCGAUUUCGACUACUGGAAAAGAGAGACAAUCUGCUGCGGAACAAUCUACCGCGGCCUAAACAACGAGAUUAUGCUCGAUUCGCGGCUGUUUAAACCGUGCAAUAGCCGUUUGGAGAAGUGCAAACGUCAAAUGCCUGAGCCGGCGGCACUGGUCGUCGGCAAGCAACAAGCGCAGGCGGCGGCGGCGGAGACGGACGGCAUCGCGACGACGACGACGAAGGUUUACAGCGACAGCAGCUCCGAUUCCGGCUACGACGAGUCGUCGAACCACGCCGAAAAAGUCAGUAUAGAAGAGAUCAACAGUCAAAUUCCGCAGCCGAAUUAAUGCACGCUCUCUCUCUCUCUCUCUCUCUCUCCUAGAUUGUUUUAAUUUAUUGAUACAUAUAAAACACGAUAUUGUUACGUUGCGUUGCGUUGCGGGGUGUAUGCCCUUCUGGCGUCCUAUUUUUAUUUCACUUAAUUUUUUCUAUUAGGAAAUGUUUUUUACGCACAGAAUCUACGAGUUGCGGAACUGAUUAACUUUGUAGCGCCUGUGGUAGAUUUGAUAUCACAUAAGUGCCUACAUAAGAGGGAUUCUGUGCAUUUUGUAUUUAUUAAAAACUUGGCCAAAAAUUUAUUGAUAUUUUGCUAGGCUGUUAGGAGGGCAUAUUCUUGCCGAGAGUACAAAUAAUAUAUUUAAAACAUUCGAUAUUUCAAAUGUAUACCUUAAAAAGCUGUACAUUACUACAUUCAAAUCAAACUCAUACUUUAGUUUUUUUUCAUUUAUCAUACUUGCCAUUGAAUCUGUUGUUAAUUUUUAGUUUUUGCCAUUAACUAAAAAUGUACUUUUCAAGUGUUAUACAUAAACAUUCUUAUCCAAUGUAGUAACUGUAGGUUUCAAUGUUUUAAGGAGUUGGAAUAUGGAAUAAUUAAUAAUUUUACUUUGCGUUCUAAAUUAUCGUGAGUAAUCUUUAAAUUGGGGUCCAAAUGAUUCAAUAUUGACACCACUAAAAGAAUUUGUCAAAAAUAAGACUAAAUAAUCGUUUUCCAUGGCGACUUUUUGAAAUGGAGCAGUUUGGAAAUAGUCAUACACAAAGUAUUUUAAAUUUAAGUAUAUGUCAAACUACAAUUUGUGGUUAAAAAAUCUCUUCCUUUUUAACAUUAAUUUAUUGCAUCAAUUUUAAAUAAUUACAUCUUUAUUGAAUAAGGAUUGGUUUAUGCAAAUUUAAACUUCUUUGUGUAAUAUCGUGAUAGUUUUCCAAAUAUUUCCUAAUUGCUUCAUUUUGAUUGUAGUGUGAAUACUUCAAGCAAUAUAAUUUUUAAAUCCAGAUCAUAUCAUGUGUGUAAGGUGUCUUGACUUACUGCCAAAAAUAACCAACUGAACCUAUAACUCUAGUGUUCCUCUUUUCAAUAACACAAAUUAAACUAGGAAUUUUAUAACUAAAGUAUGAAAAGUAAAAAAAUUAAUAAUAUAUUUUUAUUUUCCCAUUAUUUAUUAUAUUUUUUAAUAUGGCAGCAAUAUUUUAAGUGAAUAAUUAUAUUUUGUGCAUUCUUUGUCCACAUAUACAUUAGGGUGGCCCAAUAAACACGACCAUGUUUUGUGAGUCUCCUAUGAAAAUUUGUUUUAAGAGCUUUCUCCAAAAAUUAGCUAUAUUAAAGUUUUUAUUUCCAAAUGACAUUUUAUAGGUUAAUUUUUUAACCAAGUAAACACCCUAUUAAACUUAUUUCAGCAAAAAUACACCUCUAGAUUUGAAUUGGUGAGAUUAAGAACAGUACAAGUCCAAAAGUUAAACUUUUGACAAUAUAUGUCAAAAAAUUAGUUUUAUAGUUCUAUAUGCAUUUUUGUGAGAAUAUUUUUACUAUUUUAUAAAAUAUAAUAGUCUUACAAAAAUGGUUUUUGAACUUUAAAAUUGAUUUUAGAAAAUGACUUGUUAAAAUUAAAUUUUUUAACUUGUACUGUUCUUAUUCUCACUGAUUCAAUUAUAACCUAGAGAAUAAACGAUGGAAAAGACGAGUUCAAAAUUUAUCCUUCAUGUGCUGUGCAUAGCUCCAUAAAAAAGUCUGAAAAUAGUUGACUUUGACCCAGGAGGGAUAAAAUGGGGUCCCCGGUAUAGAAAUAUACCGGUAUUUCUCGACAAUAUCGCAAGCUUUGAUCUUCAGCGAGGUAUUUUGUGAUUUGUACAAUCGAUUUAGUGGAUGUUUCAAGAUUUGAAAUUUCACAUGUCCGUGGUUGGAUGGCUUCGAGAAGCUUAUGGACGUAAAAACUUGUAACUGGGCAGUAAGAGCCUAAUUGGCUCAAGUCCAAUUCUUUCAAAAGAGAGGAUAAAAAGUAUAGAAGAAGACUAUUUUUGAAAUUUUCAAAAUUUGUGAGCAAACUCUAAGGUUUUUCUUACCCAGCUGAUUUUUAAAGAGAGCUCCUAAAACAUGAUUAGGUAAAAUAUUUGCAUGGGAGACUCGAAAAAAAAAAUGGUCGUUUUUUUGGGCCACCCUAAUAUACAUACUCAUAUAACAAAGUGCUCUGUGUUGAUCUAAUUUUUUUAUAGAAUUUAAUGUUGAACGUAGAGCACAAUGUUAUUAUAUUACAAAUAAUUUUAUGUUAUAGAAUAUUUUAUAUUAGAUUAUAAUAUAUUGUUUAAGACAUGCCCAGAGACUGCGAGUCUAGUCGUUUAUCAUUUUUGGUUAAUUGUAAUGUUUUGCAUUUCAUAGCACGAGUUUGACUUCAAAUAAUCUGAAAAAAUGCUUUUUAGUUGUCAAGCGCACAUGGCUAUUAAUAGCUAUAAUAGUCAUCAAAAUGAUUAAUUUUUACCACCAAAAAAGAGUACUGUAGUGAGUCACUACUAGUGACUAUAAUAUAUAUUUUGCAGUUAAAAAGCAUUUGUAAGAUUUUUUUGUUGACUGUCCAUUCAGUACAUAAUUAGAAUCUCUUUGCUUUUAUAAAGAGUUUUGUUGAUUUAUAUUUAAUUGAUUAUUUGACAAAUAACUGCCAUUGAUUGUACAUUUAUUUUUACCGACUUAAAGAUUAUAUUUAUUGUAAAGAAAAAGGAUUUGUCCAGUCAUUUCAAUAAUCCAAUGUUGGGGCAAUUUUUAAUUUAUUUAAGGGAUGUAUUUUUAAUUGCGUUUGCCAAAUAAUAUCGCAUAUUUGCACUUAUCUAUCAAAUCCAAUAUGGAUUUACCGAAGUGUUUUUUAAAUACAUAUCUUACAGCAAUAGUUUAAAAAUUGUUCACUUGAUUUUUGCAAAUGGUUUGAUGUAAUUAAUAUAUUUAUGGCUUAGUGUCCACUGUAAUGGUACUAUGCUUCACAACAAAAAGUCCCACUUUGACAUUUAAACAAGGAAUGCAGUCCAAAAGAGUCUUGGAACUUAAGGUAGCUGUGUUUGAAAGUUGAGAACUUUCUAACACAAUCAACAGUUUGUUUAUGGCUGUGAUCAAGUUUUAAAAUUUAAUGAGAUAACAACUUUGUACCUACAAAAUUAUAAAAAAAACACUACAAAAUUAUAAAAAAAACACUCGUUUAUUGUCAUAUGACAAUAUUGUAGCUAAUCUAAUCAUAAACCCAAAUUAGUUUGGGCUACCAUACGUGAAUUGAUAUUAAUUUUUUGUUCAACUUAGAGGGAGUAAUUAUGUAAUAGUUAUUUACCUAACUAACGCGGAAAGUGCUACUUUUCUGCGGAGUUCGGUCAUCAGUCGAGUGCGGAAAAGACACGUUCAUCUCGUGUGAGGUUCAAUAUUUUUUCCACAAGCGUGCGGAAAGUAGUAACUUUCCGCACGCUUGUAGAAAGAGUAAUUAAAAUGAGCUACAUAACCUCAAUUAUUUUGUAGAGUAGUACAUUUAAUAUGCAUAUAACGGUAUUAAUUUAUCGUCUAAUCCAAGAGACAUAAUAUUGCGGAACAAAUGACCACAUUUGCAAUAUAUCAGAAAAAUAAAAGAAACAAGAAAACUCAUUUCUUAACAAUAUGUUUGUAUAAGCAUAUUAUGCGUGAACCCAAUAUUUUGCAAGUUUAUAUCAUUUACUUAUAUAAUUUUUCUGAUAUAUUGUAAAAAGGUAAUUUACUUCGCCUUGCAUUCCAUAACUAUUUUAACUUUUGAAUGCAUUCUCUAUUCAAAUGCCAAAGUGGGACUUUUUGAUGUAGGCUACAAUGGCGGGAACCAGACAUGCAUUAAGUGUUUAGGUAUAAUUAGGUAAUGGAUCAGAAUUUUCGUUUUUGUGUUACUUUUUGGCAUGGACCUCCAUUUGGUGAUAUUUCAGUGGGCGCUGUGCCUAAAGUGGAUCUCAGAUUUAGUUGUGAAACGCAUACAUUCAUAAUUUCACAAUUUAAUUUAAUUUUACAAAGUAUUAUAUAUAUAUAUGCUUAAAUUUAGAUAUGAUUAUGUAUAAUAGAUCUUAGAUAUAGAUAUAUUUAUUUUAACUUUAGAUGGUAAUUCAAUUUGGCUAGCUCCACUUUCUUAGUUUUUGCAUACCGUAUUUUCACUAUUAAAGUAUACAUACCGAGUGCAUCCGAACAUUUUAAGUAACUCAUCUUUAAUAGUAAUUAAUAUAACAAUUACGCAAUGCGUUUAGCGGACUUCCACAAAACUGAAUGCUGCUGUGAUAAGUCAGCUGUAUACACCAAAAAUGAAAAUACGUUAUGUUUAGUUGCUCUAGGCUUGGCGAUAAUCUUCCAAUUCACAAUGUCGCCGACUGAUCGAGCAUUUCGAGCCAAACUAAUUUAAUUUGUAUUUUAAACUAUGGAGUGAGGGUAAAGACUAUUUUUGAUAAAAUAAUCGUGAAAGGAUGUUUUGUAAAAAAUUAGCUAGCCAAUUAAAAAGAAAAAGCAUGUAGAAAACAUUGAAGGGGUAAUAAUAAUAAAGUCUAGUUUAAAAACGGGUUGUAAAUAACUGUUACGUUUUUAAGCUAAACCAAGUUUCUUAGAAAUAUUAGUUAAAUUAAUUGGAGAAUACUAGAAAGCCAAAUUGUUACUAAAUGCAAUAAUGACAGCAAUUGUUAUUAAAAAUGACAGAUGUUUGUGGUUGUUUAUAGGAUAAUUUAGAUUUUAUAUUGGAAAGCAAGAAACAAAGUUUCUAGACUUAAAGUCAUAUAUUUAUCCAAGAAACCUAAAAUGUCUGUUGUGUUUGGUUAUGUAUAAAUAAUUUAAUUUGUCCAAAAAUUGUACAUUUUUAUUGUAUUCAGUGUUUUAUAUGCUAUGUGAAGCGUUAAUUUAUGUACAACGUAUUUAUCAAUAAACUUUUAAAUAAUUAA